AUGGCAACAUCAUUAGAUUUUCAUGCCAGGGCACAGGACAUAAAACGCUGUCAACUUUGCCCAGGAAAAGACAGGAAGUCUGCCACAGAAACGGUGUGUAAUACUUGUCAUGUCAAUCUGUGUAAGGACUGUGUAGGUCACCAUAUGAUUUCUAGUCCAACCAUUAGACAUGAUGUUGUAACUUUUCAAUUCAAAAAAUCUGAAAUCAUUCCACCACAAUGCAAUGCCCAUGGUGAAAUGCAAUGUGAAAUGUUCUGUGAACAAUGUAAUUCCCCGAUUUGUCAGAAAUGUCUAGCCUCUGGAUCCCAUGAAAAUCACAAUGUACCACAUAUUUCUGCAAUUUACAGCUCUAAACAGGAGCUUAUCAGGAAAGACUUAAAUGAACUUGAAACUAGUAUUGCACCUGUUUAUGAAUCAAUUCUCUCUGAAUUAAAAAAAAUGUUAUCAAGCAUUGAACAGAAACACAAUGAAAGACAAAGAACCAUUGAUGAAUUUGGUAAAAUAUGGCACAAGCUAGUAGACAAAGUUAUUAAAAAAUAUCAGAGUGAUGCAAGAAAAAUGGAAAGAGAUGAUGUUAACGCAAUAAAGAACCUGGAAGCAGAUUUCCAAAUAGGAUACUUAUUAAUUCAAUCAGCAAUGGAUGACAACAAAUCUAUCCUAGCUUCAAAUGAUCCAUCUAAACUAGUCAACUACACUUCAGAAAAUGAAAAGUUCAGAACUGUUCAUUCCAGAUUUGAACUAAUAGUGUCGGAAUUCAGUCCCAAAGAACUUACAGAGCAGGCACUGUUUCAUAUCAUUGGAGACAUUCCAGAAACGGUGAAAACUAGCAUUCAAGGACAGGUCCUAAAAGCUCCCCAUUCUAAUCCCAGUUCCGAAAAAGCUAUCAAGAAGUGUCUUGAUUUGCCACUUACAGUAGGAGAAAUAAAUACUGAUGAAGAAAUUUGUCAGCUAGCUUGUAUUCCUCACACAGAUCAAUUCUAUGUCAGUGGCGUCAAUGGAAUCAUUAAACAUAUGAACAAAGAGGGGGAGGUGCUGAGGAAGAUCACUACAGAGAAUAUUGAAUUAUGGGCUUUGACAGUCACCAGAAAGGGAAACUUAGUGUAUAUUAAAAAGGAGGAGAGAGAAAUUAACAUAGUUGAGGGUGAAAAGAUAAAAUGUCUGCUCCAAGUUCAAGACUGGAUGCCAGAUGCUAUCUGCAGCACUUAUACAGAUAACAUCUUAGUACAUAUGACAUUCCAAAAUACAAUGAAAUGGAUCCAGCGUAGAAAAGUUGUCCGUUAUUCUGGCUCUAAAGUUACACAAGUAAUACAAUUAAGUGACCUGGAUUUAUUUUCAAUAUUUGUACAUUGUAUUGAUGAAAACAAGAAUUUUGACAUUAUAGUGAGUGAGCAAAAUUCAGUACUAGUGUUGAACAAUAAAGGACAAUUCAGGUUUAACUACAAUGGAAUGAAAUACAAAUACUUCACUCCACAUGGUAUUACUACAGACAGCAUGUGUCACAUCCUGAUUGCUGACAGGGCUAAUAACAUUAUACGCAUCAUUGACCAGAAUGGACAAUUCCUUCUGCACUUAGACAAUUGUAAAUUACACCCACCAUGUAAUCUAAGUAUAGAUAGCAAUGACAUAUUGUACGUUGUUGCUGAUAACCAUAAAGUGAAACGAAUCAAGUAUAUGGAAUAA